AUGGAAAAAUGCUGGUUUACCCUUGCUCAAAACCAUUACCCUCCAUCGACCCCAACCCAAAAGGGUCCAAUCCAGCUAGGCCACCUCCUCUCAUCACUCGUUCCUCUACCGCCCCCAAUAAACACCGCCUCGGGCCCUCUCCCUCUGCCCGCAUACAUGCCCAUCUACCCUUCCCGCCUCACAGACCUCCGUUGGCAGUCCGCGACUAAAUCUAGUGUCUCCGCGUCAGCAACUGCACAGCUCCCCAUCCCUCAGGCGAUGGGACUCGUCAGUGCUGGCGGCGGGUUGAGUAUUGCAUUCAAGAAAUCUACAGCGCGGUUCUGGUGUUUCGACGCUGUGGAUGUGGAGAUUAUUCAGCCUGAUGAGGAGUAUAUCCAGGAUAGUCUAGAGAUCGAGUGUGUGAAGGCUUGGAUUGAGAGAAAACGGAAGAAAAGUUUGACCGGGACUUGGUCCAUGUUUAUGAUUACAGGUCUGGCGAUUGCGAGGGGUAUUAAAGGGGAUGAAAAGAAUGGGAUGGUGGAAGAGAAGGGAUGGGGGGUGGAGUUGGGGCCGCAGGUAUCUGUACCUGGUAUAGUCGACGUUGAUAUAUCCGGCGGGAUUAGUAGAACAGGCACACAGAAGAUGACAUUUAGCGGCUGCUCAGACUUUGUGUGGGCGAUUCAGGUGAUGCGGAUAUCGAAGCGGUUUAUGUCUUCGGGAUUGAACUUUGAGCCCUAUGUGAAGGGAGCAACCUACGCAGUGGAGGAAGAGGAGGACAUCGAAAAGAUGUUGGCUGGGGAGGCCGUGCCCUUUGAGUCUAUUCAUCGUGAUGGUGAUGAUAUAUUCGUUGUUACUUUACAGAAGGAUCAGGACGUUGUUGAGGACUGA